AUGUAAUCUGAGCCAGAUUAAAUAAUGGAAAAAAGCCCAAAGGGACGCUUUAUUAGAUUUAAUGAACAAAUCGGGAAAGGCACAUAUAAGACUGUUUAUAGGGGAUAUGAUGAAGAGUCUGGGUGCGAGAUUGCUUGGAAUGUGAUUCAUUUAGAUCAAUUGCCAUAGUAAGAGGAAAGGAAGAGAAUAUCUGAGGAACUUAGUAUACUCAAUAAUAUAAAGCAUCCAAACAUCAUAAGCUUUAUUAAUGCUUGGGUAAGCAAGAAUAAAAGCGAAGUUAUUUUCAUUACAGAAAUAGUUCAUGGAGGAUCACUAAAGAAGCAUUUGAGAAAAAUUUAGCGACCUAGAUUAAAAAUACUAAAACAUUGGUGUAGGGAAAUUUUGAAGGGCUUAGAAUACUUGCAUAGCAUCGUGCCUUAUCCAGUGAUUCACAGGGAUAUUAAAUGUGAUAAUAUCUUCAUUAAUACUCACAAUAACCAAGUCAGAAUUGGUGAUUUUGGUUUGGCCAUAAAAUUAAAAUAAUCAGAUUUCACCUAAUCUGUAUUAGGAACACCCGAAUUUAUGGCUCCAGAGAUAUAUGAAGAAAAGUAUGGUCCUUCUGUUGAUAUAUAUGCAUUUGGCAUGACUUGUUUAGAGAUGGCUACUCAAAAAAGACCAUACGAGGAAUGCACAGCACCUAAUCAAAUUUAUUAAAAGGUAAUGAACAGAAUAAAACCCAAAUCUUUAGAUUUAAUCUAAAAUUAAGAUUUAAAAGAUUUUAUAUUAAAAUGUUUGGAAGAUUAAGAAAAACGACCAACCGCUACAGAAUUACUCAAUGACAAAUUCUUGUAAGAAUAAGAGGAUGAUCAUUAACAUGUUGUCAUUUUAGAAGAAGAAUAAUCAGAAUAGAACUUAUAAAGCGAUGCACUUAAAUACAAUCCAGUUUUUAGAGAAUAAUUAGACUUUAAUAAUUCAAUUUUGGUUUAAUUAAAUGAUGGGGAUGAAAUGCAUAUUAAGAUUACUUUUGUAGAUUAAUCUGCUUAUAAUUAAGAGUUCUAAGAAUUCACUAAACUUAUUGUUUAAAAGUAUUCGGACCUUCAGGAUAAUUAACAAUUUGUAUAAUUUUAAGAACAAAUCAUUAAAUUUGGUGGAGUUGAAAAGGUUUUGUGGGUUAAACCAAGUGAAGAAUCUAAAAAGAUAAUGAAAACUUAAUUUCUGUAGUCACUCGAAUCAUUUCAACAAACAAUAUCACCUCUUCUAUAGGAUGUCGACAUAAAUGAAUGGGAAUUGAUUGAAUAAUAACUUUUGGUGUAAUUUUAACAAUAAAGAAAGUAAAUCAAAUCAAAAUAGCCAAUUUGA